AAUUUUAUUAAAUAAAAAAUCGAAUAUAAUCCGAAUAUGUUUGGUGAUUGGUAUCCUAACCACAGGCAUCAACGCUUACUAUUGGCCAUGUGAGGGAGAUGCCGAUUGCACAGCAACCGAUUCCAAUUGUAAUCCCAUUAAUGGCCAAUGCGAAUGUAAUGACCCGACUCACGUAUUCUCCAGUGACUUUACAAAAUGUCUGAAGACGUCACUGUAUGGUGACGAAUGUGAAGACAGCGUUCAAUGCAAUCUUAUGCCAGCGGGAGCCUAUUGUAAGUCGGGGGUCUGUGCUUGUGCCGAUGAUGAAACCUAUGUGCACGGUCGCUGUCGUCCAUUGAAUGGUCUCAAUUCGUAUUGUGACAGUGAUUUGGAUUGUUAUUUUGGUUACGAUCGUAAUUCGGUCCAAUGUCAAAAUAAUGUGUGUACCUGUGCCAAUGGAUAUUAUCAGAGACAUGGCAAUAUAUGCCGACGUAAAUCAAUGGACAUUGAUGAUGCUUGUGUCGUCGCAGCCGAUUGUCAGGACUUAGGUCCAAAUGUUAAAUGUGUCAAUUUGAAAUGUCAAUAUGUGGAUGAAAUUCAAACGGACAAUGCAAAAACGGCAACAAAACUGAAAACCCUCAACAACAACAACAACGACAAGCUAAAUAAUAACAAUAAUAACGGCAACAAUAAUAUCCACAACAACAACAUCAACAAUAAUAUUAUAUCCGCAGCAUCGACAACAACAACGACGACAAAAAGACAAACUUCCACAUCCGCAUCUGAAACCACAUCGAAUCUCUCGAAAUCAUCGCCCAGUAACGACAGCGCUUUAGAUAAACAAUCGAAAUUGGUAAACGGCAACAUCGAUUUUCGUAGUAUUAGCGAUACCGAUUCCGAGGGUAUACUGAGCGAACCCGAACCGGAGGACGAGCAGGUUGUGCAUGCUGAAACGCCAAAACAUCAGCAGAGGGAAAUUGCAACGGAAAUCGAUUUUGAACCAUCGGUAUAUGUAGGGAAACAACAACAAGAACAACAACAGCCCCAUCGUUCCCGUGAAAUUGCCGUCCAAACUAGCAUCGAUACAUUCGAGUUGAAAUUUCUAGCACCGCGUACAAAAAAUGUUGGCACCGUCACCACAGCCUCGACAAGUUCCAGCAGCCGCCGACCCUCGAAACAGCGACGCCGCCCAACCGUAUUUCGUUUUGAUGAUGAUGAAAAAACUUUUUCAACUGUGUCGAACACUGAUGACGAUAUUGAGAAUCGAAAUUUUGGUAGCUCUUGCACAGAAAACGGCAAAUCCUGCUCUGGACUUCCCCAUUCCAUUUGUUCCAGUGGUGUGUGCCUCUGCAAGCCAGGCUAUUAUCACAAAAAUGGAAAAUGUUUUGCUGAACUGGGUGAGAUAGCGGAAAGUACCGACGAGUGUGAACAUGAAUUCGAUUCGUUAUCCAAAAAAUGUAAUUGCCAAAAGAAUUUCUUUUUCGAGAGGAAUCUCAGAGCAUGUCGUAAACCUAUCCAAUAUCAUCUAUCCUGUACAUCGAAUAGCCAAUGUAGUCCAUUUGGUGCUGCCUAUUGCCGACCCGAUAUUCCUAGACGUUGCACCUGUGAGGAAUAUGCUGCAUAUGAUGCCCUGCUCGAAAUGUGUGUCUACAAACAGGGUUUGGGUUCGGAAUGUGAUUCGAAUGAUGCCUGUCCCAUAGAACAUACCGUGUGCGCAAAUCGUCGUUGUGUCUGUAAAGAUGGUUUCAUGCAAAAAGAUAAUCAAUGUGUACCAGGCCUUGGCGCCGAUUGCAUGGAUGACGAUGAAUGUGGUAAUAUUACAAAUGCCCAAUGUGCGGCGACAACAACUUCCAGUAACGGUGCCGAAGAACAACGAAAAUCGUGUCAGUGUCGCAAAGGUUUUGUCCAUUUCAAGGAUGAAUGCCUCAAGGAAGCUGAGGAAAUUGAAGAUGAAUGUGAAGACACCGAUCAGUGUAAACCCCUAUUGGCCACCUGUAUAAAUCGUAAAUGUUCCUGCACCGAUGAACAACAUUUCCAACAUGGUCGUUGUGAAGCCAAAAAAGGUAAGCCGUUGGAGAAUUUUAGGGGAAUUCGAGGAGUAUGGACUACUACAAGGAUGUGUCAAUGUAAAAUCGGUUUUCAGAGUGAUGCUGAACAAAAAGUUUGUUAUCGCGUUGCGCCCAGUAAGAAAAAUUCUUCCGGUAGGCCAAGUGCUCUUAAAAUUAUCACAUUCUUGUUAAUUGGAUCAGCGUUUUUAAUAACCAGUGCCGCUAUAAAACAAGCCUAUUAUUAAGUAACAAUUAAUUU